AUGCCGGAAAACGAACAGCCAGGAGACGUGGUGAAUGAAGGAACUUUAGUUAACAUUCAACCUUCUCAAAUUUCUCGCGUAGCAAUUAAAUCACCUCCGUUCUGGAAAAACAAUCCAGUGUUAUGGUUUGCACAGUUAGAAUCGCAAUUUUCUAUUUCUCAAAUUUCUACCGACGCUACCAAAUUUCAUCACGUUGUAGCGGCCAUUGAAUCUGAUAUACUUAACUCUGUUCAGGAUUUAGUUUUAAACCCUCCUGCUGCAGACAAAUAUUCAGCUUUAAAAAAUCGCUUAAUUAGUAUUUUUUCAGAGAGUGAAGCUUCUAAAAUUAGAACACUUUUGCAAGGACUAGAGUUAGGUGAUCAACGUCCUUCUUAUUUGUUAGCUCGAAUGCGAGAACUAGCAGGAUCUCAUCUUAGCGAAAACAUUCUUAAAUCGCUGUGGUUAGCCAGAUUGCCUCAAAAUAUACAAGCUAUUCUUGCUGCGUCAAACGAAAAUUUAACUCAUGAGAUUCUUGCCCUUGAUGCAGAAGAUUAA